GCUCCUCCCGGGGCCGGGGCCGCUCGGCCGGGCCGGCGGUUAUGGGGACGGGCAGCGCCGGGGCCGGCGGGGCAGCCCCCGCGGCGAGCCCCUGCCUGCGCCAUGUAGGCUAUCUGGAAACGGGGAAGGUCCUCGUGGAGUGAGGAGGGCUUGCUUCAUGUUUUCCUUUAUUUUCAGAGGUUUGGUUGGUUUGUUUUUUUUAAGCUGUAGAUGUUUUUCUCGCCCUUUUUUAAUUACCGUUUUUGGAAGAUGAAAUGCUUUUCACGUUACCUGCCUUACAUCUUCAGGCCUGCGAACACCAUCCUCUCCUCCAGCUGCCACACGGAAGCUGACAUUAUCUCUACAGUAGAAUUCAACCACACCGGAGAAUUGCUGGCAACAGGGGACAAGGGGGGUCGGGUUGUCAUAUUUCAGCGUGAGCAGGAGAGCAAGAACCAGCCCCAUCGCAGGGGUGAAUACAAUGUGUACAGCACUUUCCAGAGCCACGAGCCGGAGUUCGAUUACCUGAAGAGUUUGGAGAUCGAGGAGAAGAUCAAUAAGAUCCGAUGGCUCCCGCAGCAGAACGCCGCCUAUUUCCUGCUGUCCACCAACGAUAAAACUGUGAAGCUAUGGAAGGUCAGUGAGCGCGACAAGAGGCCGGAGGGCUACAACCUGAAGGAUGAGGACGGCCGCCUCCGAGACCCCUCCAUGAUCACCUCGCUGCGGGUGCCGGUGCUGCGGCCCAUGGACCUGAUGGUGGAGGCCACCCCCCGCAGGGUGUUUGCCAACGCGCACACGUACCACAUCAACUCCAUAUCCGUCAACAGCGACUACGAGACCUACAUGUCGGCCGACGACCUGCGGAUAAACCUCUGGAACUUUGAGAUCACAAAUCAGAGCUUCAAUAUCGUGGACAUCAAGCCAGCCAACAUGGAGGAGCUGACGGAAGUGAUCACCGCAGCGGAGUUCCACCCCCACCACUGCAACACCUUCGUGUACAGCAGCAGCAAAGGCACCAUCCGGCUGUGCGACAUGCGCACCUCCGCCCUCUGCGACCGCCACGCCAAGUUUUUUGAGGAGCCCGAGGACCCCAGUAACCGCUCAUUCUUUUCUGAGAUCAUCUCCUCCAUCUCCGACGUCAAAUUCAGCCACAGCGGCAGGUACAUCAUGACCCGGGACUACCUCACUGUCAAGGUGUGGGACUUGAACAUGGAGAACCGGCCCAUCGAGACCUACCAGGUCCACGACUACCUGCGGAGCAAGCUGUGCUCGCUGUAUGAGAACGACUGCAUCUUCGACAAGUUCGAGUGUGUGUGGAACGGCUCUGACAGCGUCAUCAUGACCGGCUCCUACAACAACUUCUUCCGCAUGUUCGACCGCAACACCAAGCGCGACGUGACGCUGGAGGCCUCGCGGGAGAACAGCAAACCGCGCGCCGUCCUCAAACCCCGCAAGGUCUGCGUGGGAGGCAAGAGGAGGAAAGAUGAGAUCAGCGUGGACAGUCUGGACUUCAGCAAAAAGAUCCUGCAUACGGCUUGGCACCCUUCAGAGAACAUCAUUGCUGUGGCAGCGACAAAUAACCUGUAUAUAUUCCAGGACAAGGUUAACUAGGAGGACAA